AUGGAAAGAAAGAUGAAGUUAACUCAGCAGUUUUUUGAAAUUAUUGAGCUCAAUUCACUUAGUGGGGAGAUUCAUUUUACACUGAGAUCACUUGGUGACCUACGUUUCCUUCGACUGUGGCAUGACAACCGUGGGAGAGGGGAUAGUGCUUCAUGGUACUGCGAUUUCGUCUGCGUCAUCGAUCUGCAGACAAAAACUCGCUUCAACUUCAUUAUUAAAAAGUGGUUUGGUGUAGAUGAAGGCGAUGGUCUGGUUGAUCGUGUAAUUCCAGUCGCAGGACCAAUUGAUAGACUUCGAGUCUAUUAUAUAUUCUCGCACAAGGUGAAGAGUGAUGCAAGCGAUAACCACCUCUGGGCUUCGAUUUUCACACGUCCUGCUCACUCCCGAUUCACUCGUGUUGAAAGAGUCGCCUGCUGUCUUUUGAUUCUCUUCCUAACCAUGGUCUCAUCUUGCAUGUUUUACAGGAAUGAAGGGCCGGAAGUCGUUGAUUUCGAAUUCACGAUUGGGCCGUUUGCCCUUACACCUUAUGUGGCCUAUACAGGAGCUGUAACGUGUCUCAUAACCUUUGUUCCUGUCACACUGAUCAUGCUACUCUUCAGGAACUCCAAGCUUCGGGUCAGUCAUACAACUCUGCUAAGGGGUGUUGUGGAAGAUCAUCUGGAUGAAGAAUUGGAAGAUGACGAUUGUGAGAAUACUAUUAGGGAAAAUGGACCGCAACUACAUCACCCUGCCGGCAUUGACCAACCUCGACAGUCCUAUUCAGAAACACCGGAGUUGUCUGAGAAGGAAAUAGAGGAAAAGGGUAAGGAAUCCUUGAAAAGCAAACUUGGAGACAUUUCUUUUCCUUGGCAAAUGCGCAUUCUCGCUUGGUUCCUCCUUAUUGGAGCCAUUGCAGCGUCGGUUGUCUUCACCACAUUCUACGGAAUCAGUUUCGGCGACGCUGCUUGCAAACAGUGGCUAUCUUCUCUCUUCGUUUCCUUCUUUAUGGACCUUUGCCUGACACAACCCAUUAAAGUCAUCCUCUUCGCAAUAUUCUUCGCUGUAAUCUGUAGGUCGAAAGCAGACACUUCAGACAUUGGAGAAUUUGCAGAGGAAGAUGAAUCACUGAUGGACAAACUGGGACGUCGAUACCGACUUAAUUAUGGGGAGGAGUAUCUACAUGAGGAAAUUCUUCGAGGGAGGAUUGAAAACUACGUAAUUAGACCUCCGGAUCCAGAAACCUUGGAAAGAGCUCGAAUUCAUCGUCAGAAAACGCGCCAAAUGUUCGAUAUGCUUCGCGAAUUACUUUUCUUCGUCGUCUUCUUUACCCUCCUCGUUAUUGUCUCAAAUGGUUUCCGUGAUCCCAUGGCAAUGAGAUUGAGGGAAAGCCUCACUUCUCUCUUCUUCAAUGGUGACGAUUUCGUAAAUAUUAAUUCCAUUGAUGGCAUUUGGAAUUGGCUAGAGAAGGUCCUGCUGCCGAAUCUAAGAGCCGGAAAGUGGUAUAAUGGUAUGCCACCAAUAGGACAACGUGGUUUUAUUGGUGACCGAAUGAAUCGAAUUAUGGGAUAUGCUACCAUGCGCCAAGUUCGAGUUCGGGAAGCCGAGGAAAGGGAUGGCUAUCUAGUUCAAGGUGAAUUGGGUAUCUAUUCAGGUGGUGGUUAUGUCCACGAACUUCGUGGAAGUAUAUCACAGCUCCUUGAAGAAGCCGCCAAACUUCGUGAACAGGGAUGGAUAGACCACCGAACAAGAGCAGUUAUCAUUGAACUUGCCACAUAUAAUCCCGGAAGUCACCUUUUUGGCAUCACCGUGAUAAAAUUCGAAGUUCCUGGCACUGGUGGUGUCAUUCCAUCUUUCAGAAUAGAACCUGCUAAUCUACUGUCAUUCUCAAUGAGUAGUGUCAAGGCUUUCGAAUUGGCUUGUCAAAUUCUGUUUGUGGUGGCUCUUGCUGGUCUACUGAUAAAAGAGUUGAGAAAUCUUUGGCGAAAACGUUUGAAUUACUUUGGUACUUUCCAUGCCUGGGCUCAGAUCUUUAUCAUUUGCAGUUCGUUUAGUGCCAUUGCAAUCUACAUCUACAUCAGCAUAGAAGUCAAGAAGCUUACCCUGGAAUUCUAUCGUUCUAACGGCAAUGGAUACGCUAAUUUCCAGAAGGUUGCCAACUGCAAUGAGAUUCUCUCCUAUCUGGUCGCUCUCAUAACAUUUGUGGCUAUCCUACUCUUUAUGCAUAUUCUACGUUUUAACAGGAAUAUUGGUCUACUGAGUUCCGUUCUAACCUAUGCCAACCGUGAUAUGAAGUACUUCUUCAUUGUUUUCGCGUUGAUUUUCUUCUCAUUUGUGGCCACAUUUUAUCUUCUUUUCUACGAUACCAUGACGGCGUACAGCACCAUGAUCUCCUCCAUGCAAACAAGUUUCCAGAUUGUUCUGGGGAAGUUCGAUGUCAAGGGUAUGUAUGAACGCGAACCGAUUCUUGGCCCCAUGGUGUUCGCCGGUUUCUCUCUAUUCAUCAUCUUCAUUAUGUUGAGUAUGUUUGUGGCUAUAUUGACAGACAGUUUUGAGAUUGUGCGCCGAGAUUCAACUCUGCAGAGUCAUGAUCAUGAGAUGGUGGAUUUCAUGGUCUCAAGCUUCAUCAUGUGGUCGGGAUUAAAUCGAUUCAAGUGGGGCAAACAGAUGCUGGACUCCUAUUUCUCGGAAGGCGAUGUGCAAAUGUACAAGGAUGAUGAGGANAGACCGCCAAUCAGUUUAUUGCUUGUAUUGAGCGCUCUUAUUUUGUUAGAGGCUCCGAUUUUUAACUUCAACUCUGAGAUGCUUUAG